GGGAGCCCAGCUUCUGCCGGCCCGGCCGCGCCCCGGCGCCUGCCCCGCCUGUUUCCCCCAGCCUCGCCCCUCUGCCGGACGCCUUUGUGCGCCCCCCACCCGUUCAGUGCCGGAGAGUUCCUGCCCCAACGCGGGAUGGAAGCGGGGCAGGAGACGGCGAGGGUCUCAGGUGCUCUGAGGACGCCCCGCGCGUUCCAAAAGAUGAGUCGUGGAUAUUCAGAAAACAACAAUUUCCUGAAUAAUAACAACCAAAUGGUGUUGGACAUGAUUCUUUAUCCAUUAAUCGGAAUCCAUCAGACCAUUAACUGGGAAACUGUAGCAAGGCUUGUGCCUGGACUAACACCCAAAGAGUGUGCAAAAAGGUUUGAUGAACUGAAGAGCAGUGGAACCUCACCUGUUGACAACCAGUAUAGUUCCCUAAUGGCUGGAGAGAGUCCUGUUGAAACUUUAGCUACUUAUAUCAAAUCCUCACUUCUUGACAUACAGGGAGAAUUUCAGGAGACUCCGAUUGGUCAGGAUGCAGUUUCCAAAACAGGAAGACAUAGUAUAGCUUCCACAAGGAAUUGUUCUUCAGAAAGUGAAAAUUGUACUACUCGUAAUGGUGGAGAAAAGACUGAAGAAUCUGAAGGGCCAAACAUGGUGAUCCAUGUAUGUGAUGAAGCAAAAAACUUGAAAGAAGAUUUUAUUUGCCCACGAGAUCUUUUGAUAUCAGAAAUGAAGUACUUUGCUGAAUAUUUAUCUAUGGAUGCCCAGCGCUGGGAAGAGGUGGACAUUUCAGUUCAUUGUGAUGUUCACAUUUUCAACUGGUUGAUUAAAUAUGUUAAAAGGAACACUAAGGAGAAUGAAGAUUGUGAGAUUCCCGUUUUAGAGCCAGGAAACGUCGUUUCAAUUCUUAUUUCUUCAGAGUUUUUGAAAAUGGAUUCAUUGGUUGAACAAUGUGUUCAGUAUUGCCACAAAAAUAUGGAUGCGAUAGUAGCUACCCCAUGCAACAUGAACUGUAUUAAUGCAAAUCUUCUUACAUGUAUAGCUGAUCUGUUCACACACAAUGAGGUUGAUGAUUUAAAGGACAAGAAAGAUAAGUUUAGGAGUAAACUUUUUUGUAAGAAGAUUGAGAGACUAUUUGAUCCUGAGUACUUGAACCCAGAUUCUCGGAAUAAUGCAGCAACAUUAUACAGAUGCUGUCUGUGUAAGAAACUUUUAACAAAAGAAACAGAAAGAAGAAUUCCUUGUAUUCCUGGAAAAAUCAAUGUGGAUCGACAUGGAAAUAUUAUCUACAUUCACUUAAGAGAUAAGACUUGGGAUGUUCAUGAGUAUUUGAAUAGCCUUUUUGAAGAAUUAAAAUCUUGGAGAGAUGUAUAUUGGCGCUUGUGGGGAACAGUCAACUGGCUAAUGUGUUCAAGAUGUUAUCAGGCUUUUCUCUGUAUAGAAUUUUCACAUUGUCAGUACCAUCCAAAAGCAGUGGUUUAUCCUCCUGCAACAAGUUCACUGAGUACUGCGGGCACUGGAAUUUAUCCCUGCUGUAACCAAAAGGUUCUUCGGUUUGAUCCUACUCAGCUUACAAAGGGCUGUGAACUGAGGGACCACAUAGUUGCUUUUCAUGAUCUUGGUGAAGAUGGAGAUUUGCUAUCCUGUCCAACUGCUAGAAUACUGGAAGAUCUGCACCAACACAAAGAUGUCAUUGUUGUGCCUUUUUCUAAAGACACAGUUAGUGAUUCUGGGGUUGGGCCCUGUGAUGAGAAGGGUCUAGACUGUGAUGUUUUACUGGAGCCAACUACACCAUGGGGCCCCAAAACUGGAGAGCUCAAUGCCUUCUUGUCACUGAAAAACUGGACUCUGCAACUGAAACAACAGUCAUUAUUUUCAGAAGAAGAAGAAUAUACCACCGGAUCUGAGGUCACUGAAGAUGAAGUUGGAGAUGAAGAAGAAGUAGCCAAGAAACAAAGGAAAAAGGAGAAGCCAAAGAAGUUCACCAAACAACCAAAAAAGCAGAUGUCUUCACCCUGUGGUCAUAAGAAAGAAAAGGCAUUGGAGAAGUCAACUUCUAGAGAUGUGUCUCCUUUCAUUGUGAGUAUGCAGAAGAAUAAGUGGGAUAGCACAAGAUCCUUGAGAUUCAACCAGGAUGCACAAAGAGAAGACGAUCAGCGGCGGAUGUCUGAAAUUACAGGGCACCUAAUAAAGAUGAGAUUGGGUGAUUUGGACCGACUGAAGUCAAAGGAAGCAAAAGAAUUUGCAGGAGGUAUUUAUUCCAGGCUCGAAGCACAAAUCAAGGCCUCAGUGCCAGUCAGUGCACGGCAAGGCAGCUCAGAGAAAAACACAAGCUCUGUUCUGACCCAACUGCUGAUUAAAAGGUCUAAAAGCCGUUUGGGCCCAGGGCGUCCUGCAUAAAGCACCUUCGCAUAUAACUAAAAAGACAGAAGACACACCUCCGGACAUCAGAAAUUGCUCACUUCUUGAAGAUCUUCAGAACGAUGACUUCUAAAUGUUUUAAGUUCUUUAUUAAUUAUUAUUGCAAGCCACAUAAAUUAUAAUACUAAGGGAAGUGCAUAGUUAGGCCUAUGAAAUCUAAUUGUAAAUAUAAAAUUUCUGAAAUCUAAUUUUCCUUUAGUGUGAUGCUAGGCUAUGUAGAAAAUUAGUAUUUACACAUUGGCAUUAGUAAGACUCCUAAUAUUUGUUAUCCUUAACUUAUUUAUUUGAAAGAGAAGAGGCCUAAACUCUCAAGUAGCUAGGAAUUUUAAGACCUUAAAAAACUAGGGGAACAUCUAGUAGUGGUACCAUGCAUGUGCACUGAUUGUAGUAUGUCUUUUGGGCUAUAAACCUUGGGACAGCCUUCAGAACCACAAUUUGUGUGCUGAAAUUCCCAGUGAUGCUAAUUUUAAGUUUGCAUGAAUAUUAAGAAGUGACAGAUCUCAAGACUGCAUUAAAUAAAGUUUCAUGGUGAGGUAUUUCCUGUGUUGGGGAGAAGGGUUAAUUUUAUUCAGUGUUAUUCCGUGGGGAGCACAAUGUUAAUCCAGCUUAUUUUUCUUUUGAUUUUUAAUGUUUAUCUUUUAGUCAUCUGAGCUGAAAUUCCUGAUUAUUACCUCUUACCUCUGUGAAGCUAGUGCCAUUCUGAAUUUGUUAAAAUAACCUUUGAUAAUUAUGAUAGUAAGUCAUUUCAGUUGUAUGAGACAUCCACUGUAUGGUUCUCAGGGCUCUAAAACCCACCUAUAUUUCUAUAGCCAUUCAAACAGCCCUUUAAAACAGUUAUAAUUAGUUAUUACUUUAGAGAUAUCUAGGAGGUAAGAUUAAAUACAUUAGAUGGAUGAAAAAUUGCAUAUAUUCAAGCAAAAUCAAAAUAAAAUUCUAGUCUAUAAAUCAUGUUUUAAUUUUUCUAACCAAGCAGAAAGCGUGCUCAGGGAAAAUUUGUUCCAAACCAUAAGCAUAUAAAAAAUUAUGUGUUUGGAAAUUAUUUAUAUAUAGGUCUCUGAAAACUUUAAGAUGCACUGUUUCUAAUUUUAGUCUUUAUUUGCCUUAUAAUUGAAAUUUCUUCAAAUUAUUUAGGGAACAGACUUUGAUAAUAUGUGACAGAACAGCAAUUUAUAUCGAAAUUUUGAAGUGUUAACACUCAGUAUACAUGUACAGAAAUCAUUAUUUUUAGUGAAUGUUUUAGUUGAUAAAUUAAGCUAGUUGUUAUUUGAUGUUACAUGUUUGGCUUAGCCAAGGUUUUGAACUUCUGUUUGGAAACUUUGUUGCAGUUUAUAUAUUUUUCAAUUGAUAUUUUUGAAAUAGAUUAUAAAAUUUUUAUUUUCAAAAUGAAAUGUUUUAUAGUAAAUACCAGGGUCUUGUUUAGUUGACUAUAUUCUCUGAUUAAAAGGAAGUAGGUUUGUACGUGUUAUGUAUAGUGCUGUGAUGGUCACUACCAGAAGAUUUUUAACUGAUGGUAACAAGGCAAAUUGCUUCUCCCCUGGGGGGACUGUACCACUGAAUUGAUUUUUGCAAACCAGAAUUUGUCAGAAUUUGAUUCUCUUCAGAAUGUGCUUUUUAUUUUGUUAAUGUCUGUAGUAAUAACACAGGUACUACAAACUUAAUCACACUCUGAAUAGCAUUUCUUUUGCCAAAUACUCUGAGGUUUUACCUUACAUUAUUAAUUAAUUCUGAAUUCACAUUUAUUCAAUUGAAAUAAACGUUAAUGACAAAGUAG